AUGGCUGUGCAGGAUGAGAUGGUUUUAUUGGAACGCGUGUUUCUUCGAAUUGGAGCUGCAGAAACUGACGAACAGUUGCAAAAUGCACUCGCUAAGUUUUUACCACCUGUUUUGCUGAAACUUUCGAGCCCUCAAGAAGGCGUUCGUAAGAAGGUUAUGGAACUUUUAGUUCAUAUAAACAAGCGGUUAAAAUCUCGACCUCUGGUUCAGCUUCCUGUUGAUGGAUUAUUACUUCAGUACCAAGAUCCUGCUGCUACGUCUUUUAUUGUUAACUUUACCAUAAUUUACAUCAAAAUGGGUUACCCCAGGUUGGAAAUCAGUAAGCAAAUAGAAAUUUUACCAGGCUUACUUAGCAGUUUAGAAAACAAACCAGAAAUGCAUCAAGACGGUAUUUUGUUGAUGUUGAUGCCUGUAUUACCCCAUGUAACGAUACCAAAUGAUGCAGAGAAGUGCAAGGUUUUGUUUGGACUGAGAGAUAGACCAAAAGUAGCAAAGUUACUACUGGAUUAUCUGCUUGACUUUCUUUUGAUUCCCUAUGGAUUUGCAAGACCUAGUCCAGCUUCUAACCUUUCAGGUGAAAGUAUCCCUCCCCCUGGUUUGAGUGAGCAUGCACUGAAACGUACUGUUGGAGAUGAAGCAAUGCCCCCUGAAAACCUUGAGAAAAUUAAAUUGGGAGCAGUACGAUUUUUAGCUUGUGGUGUGUACCCAGAACAAGAUAUUGUUGUUCACUUGAUUGUGGCUGCCUCAGAUACUCGUCAUAGUGUAGCUAGCAUUGCUGAUCAAGAACUCCGGAAGAUAUCUGGUGUUGUUGAUUGGAACAAUAGUUCAUUAGUGGAUAGCUUAUUCUCUUUGUUUCUAGGCUCAAAUUACAUCAAAGACAAAAAAUCAACUGUGAAGCCUGAACAUAAGCGAUCACCUACUAACACUCGAAUUCGUCUCAAAAUUUUUCCUAACAUCUUGAAAUCAUCUACAGCCUCCACUCAGUUUCCAGCAGCUGUGCAGGUUGUUUUUGAUGCAUUAUUCAGUAGCAACACUAAUGUGAAAUUGAAGUCUAUGGCAGUACAAUUUGUUAACUCAAUAUGUAGCAACUGCAGUGAGAAGCAAAUUUUACCAGUUGGAAAAGUACUUAUUUCAGGCAUGCAGAAGCUGAUAGCAGAACCAAAUGAAGAUUCUAAGGUACGUAAUCAAGCGUAUGUUGCAGUUGGAAUGCUAGGGAUGAAACUUCCAAAUCUUGUAACUGAAGAUUUAAGCAUUGUUAAUUCCUUUUUUGAUGCACUUGUAAAUGAAGAUCGAGAUAGCAAGAUUGCUAUUCAAGAAUCACUUGGACUUCUGUCUAAAGCAUUUUGUAAUCUAGAACCAAGUCUGCGUGGUAUCAUGGAAGCCCUUAUAAUGUCCAAGAUAGAAAGUCCUGUGACUCAGGUAAGACAGAUAGCUGUGAAUUAUGCAGCAUCAAUAUUUGAAGAUGAUCACAUUCCUUCACAGUAUAUUUUAAUGUUGGCUGCUGGUGAUUCAAAAGAUGAGAUACGAACUGAAGCAAGGAAGAUAUUGAGAUCAUCAAGAAAAUCAGAAAAAAAACUUCCCCCGUUUCCAGAUGUUGUCCAUUACAUCACUAAGAAAGCAGAUCAAAGAAUGAAAACUAAAGACAAAUAUGUUGUAGGAAAAACUUCUUUGGCCUUUAAUCCUGAAACGUACUUAGAAAUGCUACUAUAUUUAAGGAGAUGUCUAGUAAACAGUGCUAAUGUUCCUAAGGAGCUACAAUUUGAUAAUCUAGAUCCAGAGCAAUCACCAUAUAUUUCAAAGUAUAUAAGAAAACUGUUGCUUUCAAAUACUGACAAAGAGAGUAAUGCUGUGAACAACUACAUAGCCUUAAACAAGCAGUACUUGCUAGCUUUUGCUGAUGCACAUGUUGUUUAUAUUCUUUUAGAAGUUGUUGCCGGUGUUCCAGAUAUCUUGCCAAAAGAGUUUGCUGCUCACGUAUCUUUGGUUAAAAGUCUAAUGAUGUCAACUAAAGAAGAUGUAAGAGAACAUUCAGCCAAACUGUUUGCUAUUAUUAUUGCUCAUGACAGUGAAAAUAUAUUUGUGAAUUCCAUUGAGGAGCUUUUAAAAAAUGUGAAGGACAAUAAUCUGGAAUCUCAGCAUGGUUCUUUGAUAAGUGUGGGGUAUGCUAUUGGGUUUUGGUUUCGACAGAUGAAAACGCAAAGCAAUUAUGCUGCUAAAAUAGAGGAAUUUACUAAAAUUGUAUACAAGACUGUAUCAACAAUGUUGUCCUACUUGAAAAAUAGCAAUUCCCUAUUGACAUCAGCAGUUUGUCUAGGAAUUGGUGAAAUUGGAAGAAAUGGUCCUUUGCAUACUUAUUUUGAAAUGUCAGGUGGGUCACAUUGUGAUGUACAUUCUAAAAAUAUUGAUGCAAAACUAGAAAGCAAGUUAUUAGUUAAAGAGCUUGGAGACAUUGCAUGUUCAGAAAAAUAUCCUAUUAAGUGCAGAGAGCGUGCAAUUCAAGCUUUAGGGUACAUUUGUGUUGGUGAUCCUACAUUUCCACAUUGCAGGCUAAUCAUGGAAAAGCUUCUUCAAGUGGCUUUUGAGAAAUCAGAUGUUGAUCUUCAUUUUACAGUAGGUGAUGCUUUGUGUUGUGCAGCACUUGGACCCUCCUCGUCAGCUGCAAGGAAUUUUUGGGUUGAGCUGAAGGAUGAUUUCAAGUGUAAAGAAACAGGACUGAAAGAAGAAGAAAUGAAAUGGGUUAUUAUAGAAAUACUAAGUAAGUUUGUUGUUCAUACAAAACCUGCUGUUAGACAGGCUUCUGCAGUUUGGUUGAUUAGUAUUUUGAAAGACUGUGGAAACCACAGCAUUGUCAAAUCAUUUUUUAAAAGUAUACAGAAUUCUCUAUUAAACUUGCUUGCUGACAACAGUGAAAUUACUCAAGAUAUUGCAUCUAAAGGUUUAAACCUUAUAUAUGAACUAGGAGAGGAGCAGGAUAAGAAAGAACUUGUAAAUCUUCUCCUGGAAACUUUGACUUCAGGUAGAAAAUCAGGUGUUACUGUAUCUGAUGACACUAAGUUGUUUGAAGAAGGAAUGUUGGGUAAAUUACCAACAGGAGGUGGGAUCAGUACUUACAAGGAAAUUUGUUCUUUGGCAUCAGACUUAAACCAACCAGAUCUUGUGUACAAAUUCAUGCACUUAGCUAAUCAUCAUACUCUCUGGAAUUCCAGAAAAGGUGCUGCUUUUGGGUUUGGGAAGAUUGCUGAAAAAGCUGGAAAACAGUUGUCAGAACACUUGCCUAAAAUUGUUCCAAAACUGUACAGAUAUCAAUUUGAUCCAAAUACAGCUACCAGACAGUCUUUUAUAGCCAUAUGGGAUUCGGUUGUUUCUGAGCCACAAAAAACAAUAGAUCUUUAUCUGGCAACAAUUCUUGAUGAUUUGCUGGAGAACUUAACUAAUCCUCAGUGGCGUGUGAGGGAAUCAAGCUGUUAUGCCAUUAGUGAUUUGAUAAGAGGUCGAGAUUUAACAGAGGUUAUUGGUUAUUUACCGUCUUUGUGGGAGACUUUAUUUUUGGUAAGAGAUGACAUUAAAGAAUCAGUGCGGAAUGCUGCUGAAUCUGCUCUUAAGGUUCUUAGCAAAGUUUCGGUGAAACUUUGUGAUUCUACUAGUGGAAAAGCAGGAGAACAAGCUUUACAAUUAAUUAUUGUGUGUUUGAUCAAGAAAGGAUUAUGCAGUCGAGUGUCAGAAGUAAGAAGUGUAAGUCUUUUGACAAUUGUUCAGGUGAGCAAGAAUGCUGGGCCUUUGUUAAAACCACAUAUACCGUUAUUAGUGAUAUCACUGCUAGAAGCUAUCAGUGAUCUUGAACCUGAGGCAUUAAAUUAUCUUAGUGUUAAGUUAGGAUCAGAACAAGAUACUCAAGAGAAGAUAGAUAAUGCACGUAUUGCAGCAUCACGCUCCUCACCAAUGAUGGAGACUGUCAAUCACUGUGUGCAGUAUAUGGAUAAACAAGUCACGGAAGAGUUGGUUCCAAGGCUAGUUGAUUUAAUUCGUAGUUCAGUUGGGUUGGGUACUAAAACUGGAUGUUCAUAUUUAAUAUCAAAUCUUACUUUCCAGUGUCCGAGGGAAAUAGAGCCAUUUGCUGGAAAACUACUGGCAGCAUUUAUUAAUGGACUUGGGGAUAGAAAUGCUGCUGUUAGAAAAAGUUAUGCAACAGCUAUUGGUCAUCUCGUUAAAGUUGCUAAAGACAGCAGUGUAGAAAAAGUAUUGGUGAAAAUCCAUAAUCUGUAUCUUGAAAAAGAAGAAGCACCAGCAAGGUCAGCAUGUGGGUACACUAUUCAAGCAAUGGCAAAAUAUAGUCCCGAUGUACUUCGUGCACAUAGUGCUCAUGUUUUACCAUUAGUGUUCCUGGCAAUGUUUGAAAAAACAUACAAAGGAGAAAAAAAAGAAGCUAAUGAUUCCAACCCAUGGGAAGAAGUUUGGCUGGAAUUUACUACUGGUUAUGAAACAGCAAUUCGUUUAUAUUUAACUGAAAUAGUAAGUCUUAUUCAAAAAGGCUUAGAAUCUCAGUCAUGGCUUAUGAAAGAACAAGCAGCCACAGCUGUUGCAACCAUGGCAACAAAACUGGGAGGAAUGUUAAAACAGCCUUAUCUUGGAACUUUGUUGAAUACUUUAUUAUCAGGACUAUCAGGAAGAACAUGGAAAGGAAAAGAAUCAAUAAUGAAUGCAUUAUCUUUGAUUUGUGUCAAUUCAAUGGAUCAAAUCACAGAAACUGAAGGUGAAAUUUCUGUUCAUCAAAUUAUUCAAGUUUUAGUGAAAGAAUGUAAAAAAGAAAAUUUAAAAUAUAAGGAAGCAGCUGUAAAAAGUUUAGCAGCAAUCUUGGAAAAACACCAGUUGGACUAUUUUGGUGAUCUCUACAAUAUCUUGGUACCUAUUCUGGAAAAGAAAAAUAGCUGCCCUCACAAUAAUCAACACAGCAGUAGUGAGGAAGAAGACCCUAGGGAAAACUUUAAUUUCCAGAUUGUGGCAUUUGAAGCAUUAGGAUGUGCAUGGCCUUCUGUUCCUGAAACUCAAAAAAAAUAUCAGACGUCUUUCUGUAAUCUUAUGACAUCUAAGUUUCCAGUCAGCACAUGGAAGGUUCAGCUUUCAAUCUUGAAGGCAUUAAAUUGUUUUAUCAAGAAUACAGUUUUACCAAAUGAAAUACAAGAGAAUGCUAGAGGAAGUCCAUUCUCUCCUUCACUGGUUGAACAAAUGUUGAAAAUUGUAUCAUCUGCUUUUAGUGUGGUGAAGUACAGCACUUUGAGAAUGGAAGCUCUGGACGUGACAGAGAAGCUAUUAUUGAAGAUAAAUAAGGAUGAUUUAAACCCUGAAAGUGUUAAACAACUCUGUGGAUCUUUGACUUCUCUCAUGGAAAACUGUAGUCCAGCAAUGAAGGAAAAAGCUUCAAAAAUUCUUAUAAUUCUUAAAUAAAAUACAAAAAUUGCACAUAAAUCUGUGUACUGAGACUAUUUCCAUAUAUACUUGUCAUCUAUGAUUACUUCUGUGUCGUAACAAAGCAAAUGAACAUCUAAAACUAGAUAUUCCAAAAGUUUAUACUAGUGCAUUUCAUGUAAAGAAGUCUGAAGAAUGUAUAUCAUUUACUAUUUACUAAAGUGCUGCUGUUAUUAAAUGUAUGAAUUGUAUAGUGUUCUGUGAUAUUAUGGUACUUUAAAAUAAUAAUUAUAUUUAGGUAAGAUUUGAAGACUUGUGUUUUGGAUUAUUCAAAAUAUUAACUGUUCACAUUUGUAUGAGCUUCAGUAAGUCAUGAUAAUUUUAAUUAAUUAACAUAUUUGUUAGUAAUUUCAGUUUCUCUGAACCCUUCAAAUUAUACAGUGUUUUGGUUGUCCACAAAGUGCCAUUCUUGCUUUAAAUGUGUCUCUUAGUUUACUUCCAGAGGUUAAUUGGAGUCCUGUUCAUAAAUAUUUAAGCUUCUCUAAAAAUUACUUAGCUUUUAGUUUCUAGGAACUGAUUCCAUUUAACUUGAAGAUUUGAAACACAAAUUCAGUUAGAAAACAGGUGUUAUACUUUUAUUAAACAUUUUGUAAGAUAUAUUAAUUUGCAAGAAGUGUAAUGGGUAGUUUUGGAUUGUUUUCCUCUUACUUUUAGUAAAAUUGUGUAUUAAAAAGGAGAAUUCUAUUUAUAAUGAGUUUCACAAAGGUUUAUUGAAAUAUCCUAAGUAAUUGUAAACACAGUGCCAGAUUAAAGGAAGGACUUCAUCUCUGGGCCAUAAGUAGGCUUAAUCCUGCCCUAAGUAAUCAGGUUGGUUAAUUUAAUGAAGUAGUGAUAAACAUGGUGUAUACAAAGUAAUAGUAAGCAAGUUAGUUAAUUUAAAGGAAAGUCAAGUGAACAUGUUCAAUUUAAUGGAUAGUGAUAAACAGUUUGCUUAAUAUAAUUAAAAAUUGAUGGGAAACAUGUUGGUUACAGUAAUGGAAAUUGUAAUAUACAUGUUUAAGGUUAAUUGAUAUAAAAGAAAAUUUAUUUACUAAAAAGUAGGGGUAAAAAAGUUGGUUAUUAUAAUAGGGAAUAGUGACAAACAUUUUGGUUAAUAUAAUGAAAACAGGUUAGUUAAUAGAAAGUAGUGGAAAAUGGGUUGUUAGAUAUAAAGGGAAGUAAUCAUAAACAUUUAGUUACUUUAAUGUAAUAGGACAUUGUGGUAAACAAGUUGAUUAUUGUAAUGGAAAGUGGGACAUAGUGAUAAAAAAAAGUUGCCUAAUGUAAGUAUGAGUAGUAGUAAACAAGUUUGCUAAUAUAAAUGGGACAUGGUGAUGAAAACAUUGGCUAAUAUAAUUAUAAAUUGAUUAGGAUGUUGUAAAGUGGCAGUAACAUCAGCCCAUUUUAGUGACAUAGUUUUAGCCGAAUUAGAACCAGUUUUCUGAGCUACAACUGCAAAUAAACAUAUUCUGAAUGAACAUAGAUUCAACAUACCUUGUAUGGAUGGUUAGUAUGGAACAAUAUUAAAAUUAUAAAUAAAAAUUAUAAUUUCAAGGUGAUUAUAUUCCUUUCAUUCAAACAAUUCAUUGGUAAUUGAAAAAUGUAAGAAUUACAAAGAAAAUUAAUGUGAUUAUAUUUUUGCUCUUGAAACAAUAAAUUCAUUGGUAAUUGAAACAGUAUUACUAUUGAUGUACUUGAACCAGAAGUAAAAUCUUAUCACUCAGAAUACCAGUAGUUUCCAUAUGUUGUGUGUAGGUACCUUGAUAGAAAACUAUAGCUUUCUACAGAAAUAAUGUUAUUUAGUUGUCUUUAACAGGAGUAAUGGUUUACAUCUACUCUCAUGUUACUGCUUUAAGAUUUUACAGCAUAUCAUAUGGUUGUAGUAUGUGAUAAUGUAAAACCUACAGGAUAUUUUGUGUAUAUUAACAAAUUGUUCUCUUCAGUAUACUUUCCAAUAUCAGUUUUUUUUUCACUAGAUUACAUACUGUACUAGGAAACUUUCCAGCUUUCAAAAACAAUAUUUGUAUUUCAAAUAUUCAACAAGAUACCAUUGUUGCUAAUUUAAUUAUAUGCACGCUGUUAAACCUUAAUCUAUUACUACUAGAAAAAAACAGAAGUUCAUGGGUGAUGUUAAAAUUAAAGUGAAUCAUACAGUUUAUUUUUGUAACAUUAUAGCAGUGUUACUCUGCUCAAGAACUCUGGUGUACACCAUCGUAAAAUAUGAUCUUACACCGACGACGCACGAAGAGUUGGCGAUAAUUUUACGGACUUAUAAUGCUAAAAUCCAGGGUCGGAUUUUUUGUUGUAGACAGAAUUCAGAGUUCAUUGGGUAACCUUGUGCUAAAACAAACAGACUGAACACUAAAUAUCUUGCAGUAUUUAUAUUUAUUCUAUUAAAUGACAUGUUUUCCAAUGGUUUCACCAAUAAAUGUAACUUUAUAAUAGAAGCACUUGAGGUAUUAGAUUGUUCAGAAGUUUAUAUGGUUAGUACGAAGUUAGGUGUUAUUGUCUACUGUUAAAAACUAGAAAAUAGUAUACAUAAAAGUAUAUUAUUUAACCAUGUAUUAAAAAACUGUUAUAUAUCCUAAGUAGG